GGGGCGUCUGCGUCAGCAGGCGUUUGGUGUGUUGCGACACCACGUACCCGAGCACAUGAGGGUUGGACCCUCCCGCGUGUAGCCGUGCGCGGCUUAGCCGUGUCUGGGGAAAGGGGGAUCCUGGGGGUUGAGCCGAUGCCGGGUGUUCGGACCUCUAAGGCCCCCCGGUGGAGGCAACACACCUCUUCGGCCUCUGCUUCACAUAGACGGCACCUCCAGACUGACCCACCUGGAGGAAAUCGGCAGUCGCCUUUUCCUGUCCCCCCCCUCAACACUUUUUCUUUCUCUUUCACUGUCUCUUCUUUCCUGUCUCCUAUUAUCUUCUCCUCACUUCCAAAUUUCUGGGCGGCAAGGGUUAGCCUUGUGUGGCUAGCCAGUCUUGGUUAUGCUGUAUUUGGUUAUAGCAGUGAUGUACAACUGGCGUUGGCAGGAUUCCGAUUACAGGAACUCCUGUCACGUCCCCGCGUUGGGCUCCUUGGUGGGUGGUUGGCAUCGCUGCCGAAAAUCCCAGCUAUACUCAUGGACAGCGCCUUCCCUAAACUCCCUGAUCGCCCUCACAAACGAGGGCGCACCGAAGAUGUUUUUCAAUUUUUUGGAAACAGAACACAAAACUUUCCACGAUUUCACGUCAUCCACUCUGAUAAGCCUGAAAAGACAGUGAAAAUGAUCUCACCCUUCCUUUUCUUGGCCGAGGCUACAAAGCAUCGAAAAUGGCAAGCGGUGAUCUGCUUCUGGAGCUCCGCGAUCAGAUACAAUACGAAAAGCUACCGAAAUUAGUGUCAUUUGGGGACAUCCCAAUAACACUGACCCCACACCGUACUAUGAACACCACUCGCGGCGUUGUUUCAGAUGACGAUUUAAUGGAGCUAACCGAGGCUGAACUCUUGGAGGGCUUCAGUGAGCAGAAUGUGAUAAACGUUAAAAGAAUUAAGAUGAGGCGCGACGGCAAAGAAAUCAAGACUAAGCACCUGGUGCUCACUUUCGGCUCAAGUGUCCUGCCCGAGUCCAUCGAGGCCGGAUACAUCAAACUUCGUGUCAGGGCAUACGUUCCAAAUCCUCUCAGAUGCUUUAAAUGCCAGCGAUUCGGCCACAGCUCUCAGAACUGUCGAGGCCGCCAAACGUGUGCGAAAUGCAGUGCUCAUGAACACUCAUCUGACUCUUGUGAAAACUCGCUACAUUGUGUGAACUGUGAUGGGGAGCACGCCGCAUACUCGCGGUCGUGCCCCACCUGGAAAAAAGAAAAGGAAAUUGUAAUAAUUAAAGUAAAGGAAAAUCUAACGUUCAAGGAGGCACGCAGGCGGGUAUCCUACCUGCCCAAGAAAACCUUUGCCGAUGUGACGCGUCAGGGGGCAGCGUCGCAACGGCUUCCGGCAGCUGUCCGGCCCACACACAGUGAGCCGCCAGUGACGCCAUCCGCCCCCUCGGCGGCAGCAGCUAGCGCUGCUCCGCCAACUCUCAAGAAGGGGCCAUCGACCUCCGGGCUGGUGGCCUCCAGGGCCUCGUCCCUCGAGGCGAGGCCUUCCCGUCUAACCAACCGCUCGCAAGAGCGCGUGUCCAGCGCCUCGCAAGAGGCGAUGGACACAACAACUGGCCAGACGGCGCCGUCAGCGCCUAAGGAGCCGCGAGAAUCUCGCGAUCGCUCCAAAAAAGAAAAAGCCCGCAUCACAGGGCCCGACAAGGGCUCUGUAGCUUAAGUUAGUCUCCUUUACACACAGCACAAAAAACACUUUCAACAUGAAUACACAAAUUAUACAGUGGAACGUCAGAGGACUCCUACACAACCUCGAUGACGUCAAAGAAAUCCUACACAAGUUUAAUCCGAAGGUGCUGUGUGUUCAGGAGACACACCUUAAACCUACACAAUGCAACUUUCUCCGGCAAUACGCCAUCUUUCGCAAAGACCGCGAUGACACCUCCGUGUCAUCCGGCGGUGUUGCUAUCGUAGUUGACAGAGGUGU